UUUCAAUUGUAUAACUGGAAUCCUGAAUAAAUAAAUUCAUUAAGAAUGGAAUUUAAGUUAGUUUUUCGGUUUUCUAUCAUAUUUCUACUGUUUAGUUUGGACAUGUACGCCAUUUCAGUAAGCACUAGAUCAUCAAAAAGCCAAAAUCAAUCACCCGAUGGACGUUGUAUAUUGGUUACGGUUUGCGCUCGAUUAAAUGUUACUUACCCCACAAAACAUGGAAAGCCUCAGACUGAACAUAAUUAUAAAAUACCGAUAAAUAAUAAGCAAUACUAUUCCAGUUGCUCACACGAUGAAACUUAUCAAGAGAUUUCCAUUCAGUGGAUUGACAAAGACAAAAAUCUAUACAAUACAAUGAAUUUGACAUUUUAUCUGAAUGACGCAACGAAGACAUUUACGUUGGGUGCUAUUGCUUUUCAAUUGGCUGCUGAGAUUUUUCCUAGCGGUUCAUACGAUUGGUUUGAAUUAUUCUACUUUGGAAACACUCUGUCGGCACCAUUUGGCAAUUCAUAUCAAUGCGGUCGAAUCAAAUCCUUGCCAUUGCGGCUGAAAAACGAUAAGAACAUUACUGGAAUGGUUGAGUUGACAAAUAUUCAGUUUGAAGCGUAUCGCAAUGGAAAAAGAAGGAAAUUUUCUACUCCGAAGAAUUGCGAAAUGAAUGAAAAACCCAAAACAUCGACUGAAGGCACAACAUCAAGUGAGGAUAAUAGAUUGGCUGAACAUCAAACGUCAACUGAAGGCGAGAGCCAUAAAUCUAAUGGAACGCAAAUUUCCAACAACUCAACAAGAGAUAUUGCGAUUAUUAUCUCUGUUGUUAUUCCGUUCAUACUUGUUGCACUUAUUGCAUUAGUAUAUUUUAUCUAUCUUCAUCGCUGCAAUUCGACUACAGCAGAUAAAAAAAAGCUUUACAAAGUAAAAUGCACCGAAAGUAAUGAGAAACUAUGGCUUUAAUGCUUUAAUUUUUUCAACACGCUUUUCAGACUGAAAAUUUCAGUUAUUCUGCGGUCAUAUCGGAAAAGUGUCCACAUUCUCUUCUUUCUCAAAGCGAAAAGCGACAACAAUAUUCAUCAAAUUA